GGUCAUGUUACAAUGUAGAGUGUGAAAUUGCGAACUAGAAGCGCCUGUGACGUCGGUAAGUCUUGAGACGCCAACGACAAACCGUGUGCCGGAAAGACUCACCAGCAGAAACGCAACUGUGGGAAUUGGGGUGCGCAGCAAAAGCAGCAUGUGCAGCCGGCUUGACGUUAGCUUCGUCUACUGUAGAGUUAGUCAGUAAUGGCACAGCACAAUUGUUUGCCUCUGCGUCAUGGUUUCCUUAGACUUCCCCGCCACGCGUGUGCCUCUCAACUUCUCUUGUCAGCACAUGUUAUAGAAACCCACCACCGUCUUCGCAGCGAGGCUUGCCCUUCACUCUAGCGUUCUCUUAUCUGCUCCAGGCUUGACAACGCAUAACUAGCGCCCUGCAGCUAUAGCGCCGCAAUACCUUCUCAGGCAACACAGCACCUCCACCACACAGCCACGACACCGUCAAGAUGAGCACAGGCGCAAAGAAGCGGAUCAUGAAGGAGUACGGCGAGUGCAACGCGGACAUGCCGGCGGGCACGAAGAUCAACUUUGAUGAGCAGAACAUGACGAAGUGGGAGGUCCUUAUGGAGGGCCCCGAGCAGUCUGUGUACGCGGGCGGGCACUUCAAGCUCGAGAUCACAUUCCCCAACGAGUACCCCUUCAAACCUCCGGUCGUGUCGUUCCGCACCAAGAUCUACCACCCGAACGUCAGCAACGAUGACAAGGGCUCCAUGUGUCUGGGUCUGCUGCGUCCCGAUGAAUGGAAGCCACCAAACAAGGUUGUUUCGGUCCUUCGCCUCAUUCAGACGCUCCUGAUUGAGCCCAACCCGGACGACGCUAUUGAACCAUCUAUUGCCAACGAGUACAGGGAGAAUCGCAAGCAGUUUGAGAAGAAUGCGCAGGACUGGGUCAAGCGGUAUGCGAAGUGAGCAGGACGUCACGCGACACGGGCGGACAGGCAGGUCCGACAGGCAGGCAGGCCGGCAGACCGACAGGCAGGCAGGGCAGAGCAGGACGACAGGCUGGCAUCGGAUGGGUUUGCUGCAUUUUGGGCGUUUGGCAAAGCUGCAUUAGGCGGCUGGCAAUGGGAACGAGUGGUGAGGGGGG